AUGACGAAGGGGAAAAGCUGUUCAGACAACGCAUUUUGGUACUUUAUGGAUGGAAUGGUAGACAAAACCAUUUUUAAGGAAAUAUCUAUUUCCCUUUCUCUACCUCUCUCUCUCUCUCUCUCUCUCUCUCUCUCUCUGUCUGUGUUUCUUUCUCUGUUCCUCCCCCUGGUUCCCUCUCCGUUUCUCUUUCUCUCUGUAUUUCUCCCUCUGUUUUACCCUCUCUCUGAUUCUCCCUCUGUUUCUAUCUCCCUCUCUCUGAUUCUCCUUCUCUAUCUCUCUCCGUUUCUCCCUCUGUUUCUCUUUUUUUCUCUCCCUUUCUGGUUCUCAAUUUGUCUCCCUCUCUCACUGUUCUUCCCUCUGAUUCUCUUUUUUUUCUCUGAUUCUCCCUCUGUUUCUAUUUCUCUCCGUUUCUCCAUCUUUUUCUUUUUCUUUCUCUCUCUCUCUCUCUUUCUCUGUUUCUCUGUCUUUCUGCUUCUUCCUCUGUUUCUCCCUCUUUUUCUCUCUCUUUCUGUUCCUCCCUCGAUUUCCCUCACUCUCUUUCCCGCUCUUUCUCUCGCUCUGUUUCUCACUCCCUCGCUUUCUGUUACUCCAUCUAUUUCUCUCUCUCUGUUUCUGCCUCUGUUUCUCUCUUUCUCUUCCUCUGUUUCUCUCUCUCGCUCCCUUUGUUUUUCUCCCUCUGUGUUUCUACUUCCGUCUCUCUCUCUCUCUCUCUCUCUCUCUCUCUCUCUCUCUUCAAAAAAAAAAUCAGCAUCCUCUACCAUCUAUUCCAAGAAACAGGACUAG